UUUUAAGAAUGAUAACUAAGACUGAUACGAAAAUGAGUAGCCGUUUUGGACAGAGAACUGCUCUUAGCAGCUCUCAACUUGUAAGCAAGGUUUUGCAAAUCACACACAUCUCAGAGAUGGGAUGUAGCGAAUGGAGUGACCAAAACCAGCUGAUUUUUAAGAGUUUGAUGCACACACUCCUCUCAUCAUAUGAAACCAGAGAAUCAUUAGCCUGAAGGACUAGGGAUCAUCACAUGGCAAGGGGUUUCCCCUAUUUUAAGGUACAAUGAGUUAAGCCUUUAAAUAAGAUGUGCUGAGAAAUUGAAAAAGAAAGCUAUAGGCUUUUUGAGAUACCUUGCCUAACCAAAACUGAGUCGAAGCAAAAUAAAACCAGGCUAAGCAAUGAAAAAGAAUUAGAUAAUUCUCCAAUUGCUAGAAGAAUAUCUUCCAAGCCCACAUUCGAGCAGAAGAGGUACAAGAACAGACAUGCUCUGUUAGGAAAACUCUUGAAAUCCCUCCAAGACCAAGUGGUGAUCAAGGGGAAUCCUAAGAGGAAUUUGAAGGCUUUUUCAGUCCAGAAUGAAGAUUUUAGAGGCUCUAGGUAUAGAGGCGUCUCUAAGAACAAAGGAAAAUGGCAGAUGACACUCACUUUGAAUAACAAGAGAGUUUAUAAGGGGUGAUUUAGAACCGAGAUUGAAGCUGCAAGGAAAUAUGAUCAGCUUUCGAUACAAAAUUUUGGGUUAAAGGCUAAAGCUAAUUUGAGCUAUACCAAAGAAGAAAUAUUGGCAAUCAUAGGAGAUGAUCCAGUGCAGGAAGAAGAAUUGCUGUAGUGUUGAAGAGAAUUUUCGAUAUUUUCAAUAAGUUUAUUUAAUUGCUCAUAUCAUGAUUCA